AUGUCUAUCUAUCUAUCUAUCAUUCUGUAUCUAUCAUUCUGUCAUAUCCAUCUAUCUAUUUUCUGCUCAUCUAUCUAUCUAUCUAUCUAUCUAUUUCUGUUUCAUAACUAUCUAUCUAUCAUUCUGCUCAUGUCAUAUCUAUCUAUCUAUCAUAUCAUUCUGUUCAUAUCUAUCUAUCAUCAUUCUGCUCAUGUCUAUCUAUCUAUCUAUUCUCAUUCAUCAUAUCUAUCAUCAUUCUAUCAUAUCUAUCUAUCUAUCAUUCUGUCUAUCUAUCUAUCAUUCUAUCUAUCUAUCUAUCAUUCUGCUCAUGUCUAUCUAUCUAUCAUUCUGCUCAUCCAUCUAUAUCAUUCUGUUCUUAACUAUCUAUCUAUCAUUCUGCUCAUGUCUAUCUAUCUAUCUAUCAUUCUUCCUGUCAACUAUCUAUCUAUCAUUUCUGCUCAUGUCUAUCUAUCUAUUCUGUUCAUAACUAUCUAUCUAUCAUCUGCUCAUGUCUAUCUAUCUCUCAUUCUGUCUAUCAUAUCUAUCUAUCUAUUUCUGUUCUAUCUAUCUAUCUUUCAUGCUCAUGUCUUCAUCUAUCUAUCUAUCAUUAUCUAUCUAUCUAUCUAUCUAUCUAUCUAUCUAUCUAUCUAUCUAUCUAUCAUUCAUUCUUUCAUAACUAUCUAUCUAUCAUUCUCAUGUAUCUAUCUAUCUAUCAUUUCUGCUCAUGUCUAUUAUCUAUCAUUAUCAUCUAUCUAUCUAUCAUUUCUGCUCAUAAUCUAUCUAUCUAUUUAUCUAUCAUUCUAUCUUCAUUCUAUUUCAUAA